GAAAACAGAGUCAGCUAAGCUAGCAGUCCUACGGUGAGGGCAGAGAGUGACUGUGCUCCUUGUCGUCAGUUUACCAAACAGCCAUCACUUGUAACGUAUUUUGAGCCUUUGAUUGUCUGACGGCCGAAGUUGCUGCAUUGCUAAUACUUUACAUGCCAGCCGGAGUCGCUAACAGGAGCCAUGUUACGUAGCUGUCAUUGACUGUCGUUAAAAGUCACAUAGCAAACAACGUUGUAACCUUAACUCGCCGCUCACGUCACAUCGACUCCUGCAUGGAGGACUGCCAAUGGACUGGCUGCAUAGGCCAUGGUUUAAUGCUCAUCUGUUGGCAAGCAGCACCAGCAAUGUCAGCCAGCUCCCUCCUGAGAUACACCAUCAGGCUGGAGAGGAAACAUGUAGCUGCACGUUUAGUCCAGCAGAGAGCUCUGUCAGGGGCAGAUGCUCUCAAUGCACUCAGACCUUUUUAUUUUGCUGUACAUCCCGACUUCUUUGGUCAAUACCCCAGGGAACGGGAAGUGAAUGAGAAUUCAUUAAAGAGGCUAAAUGGCUAUCUGGACAACCUGCAGAAGCCCGGCUCACGCUCACUUCAGCCAAUGAAGCUCACCUUUUAUGUCAGGGACACAAAGGACAGCAGUGAUGUGGGGCCAGACCUUCUUGUCUCAGGGUUCCGGUCAGUGAGUUUCACCCUGCACACAAACGAUGUCUUGAGCACAGUGAAGAACGUCUUGAAGUCCUGCAGCCUACCCAUGGAGCACAUGAAGGGACUGAAAGCACAUUCAGACAUAUCUAAAAGUCCACCAGAGACGGGGUUGCCUUUCUACAGACCUAUCAAAUGGGAUAAAAGUUACUACACCUUCACUGGAUUCAGAGACCCUGAGCAGGAGCUGCAGCAGGCCAGGAGAGUGGAGCCUACACUCAUCUUGUGGCUGAGAAACAAUGAGCCUGAGGCAACAAAGAAGCACGGUGCUAGUCUUCCCCUGAGAGAAGAGCUCAACAGACUGAAGAAGGAACUGUGUCACAAAUUUGAUCUCGCUGAUAUCAGGUGGCAGCGCAGCUGGGGAGUGGCCCAUAGGUGCUGUCAGCUUCAGAGUCUGAGCCGACUGUCUCAGCAGAACCCUGAGGCCCUGAUCAACCUGCAAGGACACACUGUGGUAUUUGCUGACCAGUCAGGGAUGAACGCCUCUGGAGACAUCACACUGGGAACCAUGGAUGUUCAUCAUCAGUGGACCAAACUGUUUGACCAGCUGCCUAGCUAUUGCAGCCUGCAGCAGCAGACAGACUGGCUGAAGGAGAGAAUCAGCCUGCUCCUGGGUGGGACUCAAGUGGUUCAUGUGGAGAGGCUGGGACCAGUCCAACCCAUUACUGAGCACUACAGCACCCUCAGCACCUUUCACAAGAGCCUGAUGUCCCGACACCUUCGCCUGCACCCCAGGAGCCUGCAGGGGCUCACCAUGUUGCUGGAUAAUGACCGCUCUAACCCCAGUCUUCAUGAGAUGGGGCACUUCAUUAUUCCCACCAUCUGUGACCCUCCCAAGCUACAGGUCUUUCUUCAAAGCCACGCACCUGAGGCCAGAAAGCGCACCCAUCACAAAAACCAGCUGCAGGCAGAGGAGGAGGCUGUGGUGAAGCUGUGUCUCCACAGUCUGUCCCUGAGGAGUCUGUCCAAGGAGCCCAGUGUCAGCUCCAGCCAAAUGAUCCUGUGCUGUAAAAGGCUGGUAGAGCAGCGCUGUCCCCUCAUGCAGGGCCUCCACAUCUGUGUCUCUCACUUUUACUCAGUAAUGCAGGAUGGGGACUUGUGUAUCCCCUGGGACUGGAAGAGCUGAACUGGAGGGACAAGGCCAGUCACAGUGUUGGAAAUAAGUAUUUUUAGUAGUUCAGGCAGCAAAUAUACAAGUUGUUAAACAGGAUCAUUUGUUACAUGUCUGAUGGCUACAAUGGAUUUCAUAUCUUUUCAUUCUCAAGGGAAACCUUUGAAAAAAGAAAUCAUCUGUAGAGUGGUUUAUUCAAGCUGACCACUGUGGGCUCAUCCAAAGGGAGGCACUUCAUCCUCUUACAGCAAAAGCCAUAUAGAAGAAUCUGACCGACAGUGGAAGUGGCACCCAACAUGGGGUGAGGACCAGCAGGAGUUGCAAAAUGAUAGACAAGAAAGGGAAGAAGAAGAAGCUGCAUAUAAUUAUGUUGUUAUUGUUUUCACAUUUUUCUCAGGUGUUUGCUUUUAUUCUAAAAUGCUGGAGACUUUGAUCUCUUCAGGAAUCAAAAGUCUGAGAGCCAAAGAGUGUUUGGUUGAAAUGUGAUAAGGGAUAUGUAGGGAUGUUUUGCUUGGCUACUAGGAGUCACAAGCCAGUAAGUUGGGAACCACUAGCAGAUGUGCAAUAUGACUUUUAUUUCAAUUUUUUUUUUUUUUUUUUUUAGAAAAGUUGUUUUUUUUUUUUUGUUUUUUUUUUUAUUGUGGAAUACACUGAGAAAUAUUUAAAUAAUGGUUCUGUUAAAGACACAAUCUGUGCCAUAAUUGCAAACUAAUAUAGUCAGCAAACAACCAAAAUGUAUUACAGACGGUUAGAACUUAUCAGUCUGAUUGACAGACUGUAUGCCUACAAUGAAAAAGUUUGUACAAAGUGGAGCCUGACCAUGUUUAGUUUCUCAGUUCUGACUGGCCUCACUGGGAGGCAUGGAAAGCCUGCUGUCAGAGAGGGGCGAGACACAGUGAAUUGUGAAUAAGGAGAUAACAGUACACUUCUUAGAUGAAAUAAAGAAAUACAUCAGCUUCGUAUCUGGAGCUUACUGAUUUUUUUUUAAGGGAACUCAGGCCUUUCUGAAAUGAACCAUACUUGGAGCACCUAUGGUUCACUUCAAGUCCCUGUUACGGUUCACUUCAUCCGUGCAUUGUGAACACAAAGUGCUCCAGGAAUGCUUUGCCAAUUGCUUUUGUAUUUUUGCCCUCUUGAUUACAUGUUACUGCUCUGGGAUGCAUGGGAAAAAAUAAAAAAAUAACGGAAAAAAAAAAAAUACGGAAUGAAGAAAACAUCAAAUGGCAACUGUCUACAACACAGAGAAACACUAACAACUUCAUUAAUUUUCAGUCCAUAUGAAAGAGAGGGACUUCAUAUGUGCAAAAAAACCCAUAACACAUCAAACAAAGGUACUACAUGCGAUUUACACAUCUAUUACCCUCUCUCAAUGUAAUUGUUAUUUUAUUUUUGUAUUGGCACACUGUAUUUGACGUAGUAUGUAUUGGGACAUAUUAAAUCGUUUUCUGGCAUACUAUAUAAUAUGGUGGUAUGGCCAUUGGAAUGUACAGAUAGAUUUGCCCUUGCACACUUUUAGUCUAUCUAUAUAGAUAGAUAAAUAGACUACAAGUGUGCCAGGGUGGCUUUGUGUGUGUGUGUGUGUGUGUGUGUGUUUAUGUAUGUUAAUAAUCCAAAGCAGCAAUGGUCUGAGCUCCAGAGGAACAGUAGUGUGAACAGCUGAAGUUGACCUGACAGAGAAUUGAGUCCUCUUUCGAAUGAACUGACAAUGUGAAUGCAAAAAGAAACGCCUCCCAUUUCUGUUGUUCCACUCAUCGGUCCACUUUAAGAGGACUGAAUUUGGUUCAUUUAAAAAUGUGAAAACACCCAUAGUCUCAGUCAUUUGAAUCAUUUGAAGCACUGUUACUGCUGUACACAUGGGGUGGUGGAGUGUUCUGGUUUUGUAAUUUGAACAGCAUAUAAAUGUGACAGUGUCCUUCAACAAUUACAUAACGCUCAAAAACACUGAAUUUCUUGUUCUCACUGCUGCAUACUGGGAACUCUUUAGAGGGGCAACCCAGUACUGUCUCUGUAAUAUCACUAAUUUUGUAUUACCUGAGUCAAAAUAUUUUGAACAUACUAUAGUCAAUCUUUUAGGCUAUCACAAUGUCAAAUUUUCUGACCUCAUAUCCUGUUGCACCAUGUGCUACUACACAAGAUGUAUUUAACCAAAACAUCAAACUUCAUGUCUGCCUAAAUGAUGAGGUACAGUGACUUCAUCUUGCAGAUGAGCAUGGAAACAAGGAUAAAGUAUGAUAUUUUAUUCUGCUACUAUAUUUCAUCCCCACACUGUGUAAGGUUAUUUGAGUUGGUACAGGCUUGUAGUCAUUAAUUUUCACUGCGGUUUGGAUAAAGCAUUGUAGAUGUGCAGGCCCUG